UCACAAGACUACCCUAACUGCUAAUGAGAAAAAGUUAUUUAGCAGUUUAUAAUUACUAAAAUAAUUGCAUUUCCAUGUUGUGCGUACUGUGGGUGACCAGAUAUAGUGAAUGCAGGGUCCGGGGAGACCAGAUAUAGUGAAUGCAGGGUUCGGGAAGAACAGAUAUAGUGAAUGCAGGGUCCGGGGAGACCAGAUAUAGUGAAUGCAGGGUCCGGGGAGACCAGAUAUAGUGAAUGCAGAGUCUGGGGAGACCAGAUAUAGUGAAAUGCAGGGUCCUGGGAAAGCGGAUAUAGUGAAUGCAGGGUCCUGGGAGAGCAGAUAUAGUGAAUGCAGGGCCGGAAGCAGACAACAUAUGGGUACAUUAGCGGGUGGGCAGUCUUCAAGUGGUAAAGGUGGUUCUAAAGCCAAAACGUUUUUUAUUUAAUGCA